AUGUCAAACUUCACAAAUACUCAAAACUCCCGUACAACAAACACAAGUUGGCGAAGUAGGAGUUAUAGUGUUGACAGCAAGCCGUACAAUUCAUCGCGAGGAACAACUUCAUCAAUCACAGUAGACAAUUCUGACUCUGCGAACAGUUCAAAUAAACAACACCUUAACCGAACAAAACUACCUCAGAGAACUGGUUCAGUAACUAACUCAUCUGGCUCGAGUGAUAGUGAGAGUGGUGUUCAUAACUCCUAUCAACGGAAUCCACUCUGCCAGCCACGACCACACUUUGCACCCAGACUUAGCUCUAAUUCCAGUAGCGAUGGUAGUUACCUUUGCCCUAAUAAAGACAGACGUAACCGUAACAACUAUAGAAAGCACAAUGAGCAGAGAAUGUCCAACACUUGGUCACUUGAGUUACCUCACUCAGAUAGCGGUAGCAUCAGUAGCACUGAAAGUGGUGUUUUCUCUGGUGACAACAGCAAUGGCGAUAUAAACCCAGUAAAUAGUAGUAACGAUCGCAAGAAUUACCUAAAUUUUCCUUCAAAUCAACGUAAUAGUAUGCGUUUAAAUAGAUACCCGCCCGGAAUGCCGAUUCCAACUCCGGCUACUCACUUCGCCAGCAGCGAAAACUUUAAUGCGCCAGCGGCUUCAAGCUUACCACAACCGCCACAGAUUUGGCUGUUUGGCAGGGCGGAGGCUCUGGUUAAAGAAGAGGAACUUGAAGAGGAGCGAGUGCAAGACAAGAAUUUAAAUACCUUCGACUAUUAUAAUUUGAAGAUGUUGCUCACCGUGAAAGCAUAA